GCACCAUUGCGGGCUCGAGAACAUCUUUGACACGGGCAGUCACAAUACAGUGUUUGGCGCUAAGUUCAGAAAAUUAGUGUUUUGAUUGUGAUGUUUUGAAUUGUUGAGUUUUUCGUACAGGAAUGUGCAGAUCAUUCUGCCAUGUCAGUAGCACUUUUGCCAUCGUCUACCAUCAGGCUAGUGACCACGACACAAAUAAUUACAACGGUGUCGAGUGUUGUGAAGGAAUUAAUUGAAAAUUCAUUGGAUGCUGGUGCUACAAAUAUAGAAGUUAGAUUGGAAAGAAACGGUCUGGAGAAAAUAGAGAUAAAGGAUAAUGGUUGUGGAAUCAAACCAUCUGAUGUUGCAAAUGUUUGCCUUUCAUCUUAUACUUCCAAAAUACAGAACUAUUCCGACCUCGGUAGACUCUCUACAUAUGGAUUUAGAGGAGAGGCACUUUCUUCUUUGUGCCAGGUGUCAAGUAUUACAAUCACGACAAAGACUGCCAGCGACAACAUUGCGAUGACCUAUAUGAUCAGUCAAGAUGGAAGUAUCUUAAACUCAAGACCCUCUCAUUUUGGCAAUGUUUCAGGCACCCACAUUGUGGUGACAGAUCUUUUUAAGAAUCUGCCUGUACGCAAACAAUAUCUAAGCAAUUCACGAAAUGCUGCUGAAGACAUUAGAAGAACUGAACAAAUUGUGAAAAGCAUUGCAGUAAUCCAUCCGGAAGUGAGAAUUACUUUUUGCCAUAAUAAGUGCAGUCUGUGGCAGAAACCAGUGGUGGCUACACUACAAGAAUCAUAUAUGCAAAUUUUUGGUUACAGUAUUUCAAGCAAUUUAGAACAGCUGGCCCUUCGCAAGGAACAGGUGAACUUUGAACUAUUAGUUCCUUUGAAGAACUGCACUGAUAUUUCAGCACUGUGUCAAGCCAGUUCAAACAGCAUUAUGACGUAUUUUAAUAAACGCCCUGUAAAAUACGCAAAAAUUGAGAAGGUAACCACAAAAAUCAUCAAACAGUAUUUUGGCCCAAAAUUUCCUCAGAGGAAAUAUCCUAUCUGUGUUGUAUCUGUAACUCUUCCUGCAGACCUUUUAGAUGUAAAUUUGGAACCAAAUAAAACAAAAGUGUUCUGCAAAGAAGAGAACACAAUCCUGUCAUCUAUUGAAGAAAUGCUUAUUGAGUAUUAUGGACUUCAGAACGAAGAAGAGGACACAGAAAAUUGUAAGCAACCCGUGUCCAAAAUUAACAGGAAGCUUAAACCUCAGUCCACUGUUGAAGAGGAUAGGCCAAUUAAACGCUCAAAAUUGAUCGCUGAGUGUCCUAGUACAUUAGAAUCCUCACAAAACCCGAGUAUAAGUACCACUGCACUUCCUACACAAUCAAAGAAUCUCCAAAUUGGAAAUGAAAAUAUUGUAGAUCAUGGUGCACAUUCUAAGAAGUCAGAGAAUCCGCAAAAUGCAAAAGGAAAUAUUGUAGAUUGCAAUGGAGACAGGACAGUGCUUGAAAGUUUGGCACGUGUGUGCCAAGAGUCUGCAAUGACUGAGUUUUUGAAUAGUGCUGAGAAUAAAGAAACAGAGCACUGUGAUGUUUUGCAAGGAAUAAAAGACAGUACUUUCCAUGAUGGAGAUAAUGAACUGAAAACUGGUGAAUCAAGAUACAAUUUUCUGCACAGCUCACUAGAUUUGCCAAAGAACUCUACAGUCACCAAUGGAGAGGUACUAACUACUCAGUUGGAGAGAGAAACUGGGCAAAUAAAUUCUGUUGGUCCCGAACAGAGAGGUGACAUGCAAAUUAGUAAGUCUAAAGACAGUGUUGGACAUGAAACAGUAACAGAUAUGACAGAACAUACUAAAAUACAUAAUGAUACUUCUCUCAGAAUUGAAAGCAGUCUUUUCAACAUGCUUGAUGAUAUAGAGGAUGUAUUUUUUGGGUUUGAUACACCUGAGCAAGAUGCUAGUCAGAUGGAAAGGGAGAGAGCAAAACAGGCAUUAGAAGCAGCAAAAUCUGUAGAAACUGCAAAAAUGGGCAAAUCUGCUAAUUUGGAAGAUUUGAACAAGGAACAGUGGAGCAAAGGCUCAAUUAAAACAAAAAAUGGCUGUACAGUUGAGGGUGCUAAACUCUUACUGCCAAAAGUGAACAAGAGUAAAAAGGAUUUUUUUGAUCUGUCCUUGCACAGUGUCAGCAGUCAAAUGGGCUGUAAAGAGCAGAGUGCAUUCACAAAAUUUUCAAGACAUAUGCGUCCAAAACUUCUUGAAGAAAACCCUGGUGUUGCAUUCACAAAAGUUGCUAGCCUUCUGGUUGAGCACUGGAAACAACUGACAGAUGAAGAGAAGUCUAAAUAUGAAGAAAUAGCACGAGAGGAGGAAGAGAGGAAGCACAAUGUUCCCACUAGGAAAAGUAUUGAAAAAAUAUGUUCUCCAAGUGUAGCAGAAAUGCUGAAUACCACACCAAAGAGGAAACCUCCAUUGGAUGAUCUCCAUAGUGUAGAUGGCUGUGUGCCUUGUUCUAUGACAGAAAUUAAUCAAAAAAUGGAAGAAAUAGCAUUAAAGCACAAAAGUUCAGGCAAAGGAUCUGGUGAAAUAUUUGUGAUUGGCCAGAUACGACCACAUGGUGUGUGGUUAUAUAUGAAAAACAGAGAAAUUGGGAUAAUCAGGCAUUGGGCAUUGCAGGAGACUGUCGAGUUUCAUAAAAUGAUGAAGGAGACAGCAGUGCCCUUGGCUCCAGUUAUGAACAAUAUACCUCUUAGACCUAGUUUGCUAGGUCCAGAACUGUGGAAUAUAUUUACAUCUUUAGAGCAUUCUUUUGAUACUGCAUCUGGUGAAAUAGUUGUAUCAAGUCCAUUUAUAAGUAAAAAUGGAUUCCGAAUUGUCAUAUCUGAAGGCCCAGACGAUGAUUCUGCUUCCAUUUCACACAUUGCAAGUACUGUUAGAUUCUAUGAUGUUACGGAGUUAAAAGAGAUAUUGCAAAUAUUGAAAGUGAAAGGCUCAAAUUGUGCCUUGGAGCACUGCCGACCUUUAAAGGUCGUUAAUUAUUUCAAGAGUGAAGCUGUAACCAUAUGCCGUAAAGCUGCAGAUACAAUGAAUUACAGUGACUUGACAACUAAUCUUACCUACUGGGAAAAAUAUUUAAAAGAACAAUCUUCAUCAUGCUUACACAGGAAACUGAUUUUUGUGCCAUUCCAUACAAUCAAUUCUUGAAGAUACCAAACAGAAGAAAUUUCUGAAAUUAAUGGAUGGUAUACAAUACUUGAUGAUAUACAAUACUCAGGGAUUGAUUUAAACUAAUUUGUUCCAGACUGACAUUACACUGUUUUGUAAAUAUUUGUGAAACAGGUGUGACUGUGAGUGUCAGAUAUUUGAUUAGGCAUGAAUGUUAUAUUUCACCUACCAAUAUUUUUGGUGUACUAGAAAAGAUCACCAGAAACAUGGUAAUUUGAGUUAAUCUUGGGUAGUGCACAUAAAUCACUUCUAAUAGUUUUCAGAAGAGGCAUUUAUGAAACUUAGAAUUGAAAGCAAAAUCAGCAGCAUUAAUGUUGGAGCAUUGAUGAACUCUUCUCGGGUGAUGAGCUGAGCAGUGGUGUCGUCUUGUAGAAAGGUUUCAAUGAUGUUGGGUACAAAACUCAUCAAAACAUUGCAACAAGAUGAUGCCACCACUCGGCUAUCACUUGAGAAGAGUUCAUCAAUGGAAUACACCAAGAAAGCCUGCAAUUGCAAUGUUUGAGCAUGUCACACAAUUUCAUUAAUUACAAUAAUUUACAAGUGAGAUUAUUUUUAAGCAUCAUUGUCAGAAUAAAAUGGAGCAUUAGUAUCACUGUUAAAAGGUCACCCACAGUGUUUCAAAUUUUAUGGAAGCAAAUA